AUGCAGGAAGAAGCGGAACUGCAACCGACUCUGGAAGAAAUCGAGAUAAUCGAACGGACUUUGAAGGCCCAUGCUCGGGAAAACAGUCAGUCCCAUUUGUCCAGAAAGCUUUCUGAAAUUCACGAGAAUCUCAAUCAGUUAAAUUUAGAGCAAACUUCUGCCAAAAUCAGAUUAUUAAAAUUACAGGAUCAACUGCGUGACCGCCAAGGAGAGCUGAAGAGGAGGCGAAAACUAACUGAGGCAGCAAGAAAUUCAUUGACUGAAGCACGAGUGAAAAACGUGAUCGAGCAACGAGAGCGAUUACUUGGGAGGGAAUUGCCCCGACGAGAAGCAUGUCGACGAGAGUUGAGCAAGAGACGCUCCGAACUGGUCGUCGAUCUAUCGACAAUUUAUCCGAUCGAACCCACCUCGUCUUCCGCUUCAGCUUCAUCUAUCAGCAACCCAUCAGUUUCACGCUUAUUACUCUUCUCAAUCGCCAAUAUCAUCUUACCCAAUCUAGAACCCACUCAAUCAAUCUCAAACAAACCCUCCUCAUCAACAUCAACAACCACAGCAUCAGCGGGAACAACAGAAACCGGGCCAAGUCUAAUUCAGUUUUUCCAUUCCAAGCCGCUUGAUCUGGCCGAUGAUGACCUCAUCGUCUCUACCGCGCUCGGCUUUGUUGCUCAUCUCGUCCAGCUACUCGCUCUUUAUCUGGCCGUCCCGCUUCUUUAUCCUGUUAAUUUCAUCGGCUCACGCUCACUCGUUUCGGACCUGGUCUCUAGAAUACCUGGACCUCGUUCGUUUCCAUUGUACUUUAAAGGAGUUGAUCGCUUUAGGUUUGAAUAUGCUGUUUUUCUAUUGAACAAGAACAUCGAACAAAUUAUGUAUCACCAAAAGGUUGUCGUUAGUGAUCUGAGACAUACGUUACCUAACUUGAAAAAUUUAUUUUUGACGUUGGAAUCUAGUCCAACAACUCGAACCAGGGAAAACGAGAAUGAUUCAAGUACGAUUGAACUGGACACCUCCAACAACCACUUUCAAGAAGAGAAAGACGAGCCUCUCCAAUCAUCAUCUACCGAAUGUGCUACUCUACAGCAAAGUUAG